ACACCGUCUAAGAUAAAAACUGUUGAUAGUGUAAGAAGAGAGGGACCUAAGUGGGAUCCAGAGAGACUAGCAUUAGAUACAUUGUUUGUUAUGGGGGCAAGAGCAAAUAAAGCAUUAGGAUUAGGUAAUACUAGAGGAAGAUUGUACAUUAAACAUCCUGAUGUAUUUAAGUAUUCAGGAGAUCAAGAUGAUAAACAAUGGUUAUACGAACAUCAUCUGAUGCCAGCUACUGGUGGGAAAGCUUACAUGUUGAUUGUGGAGGAUAUAAAAGAUCUAGCUGAAACUGAUGAAUAUAGGGACGGAGCGUUAUUGAUGCAUGAAUUAAAUGGAUUCGCUGUACCAGAAUGGAUGAUUAGUAAGAUGAAGCUACAGAUGCAAUCUUUAAGAACUGAUAAAGGGAGAACAUCAGCUCCAAUAGUUCACAGUAGAUCUGCUACUCCUAGUGAAACGUCUGUUUCUUCAGUCAAGGUUAGUGAUCAGUAA